UAUUCAAUUCAACUGAAGCAUAGCAAACACGUAAGCCAUGGCUGCAGAAGACGAAAAGCUUCACAGUAAGAACGAAGAGGAAAAGAAGAAGAAGAGAAAGAGAAAGAGAGCUAAUAAGAAGAUACUUGGGGAUUCAGAUGUGGAGAAGACUAAUGAAGAAGCCGAAUGCGAAGACACCGUAGAAGAAGAAGAAGAAGACACAACUCCAGCAGUAGAAGCGGCAGAAGAAGAGGUUGCAGCGGAGGGGAAUCAAAACAUGUCCGAGGAUGAAGAAGACGUUGAGGGCGAGGGAGACGAGGAGAAAGCUAUAGAUACGGCAACUGUGACACAGAAGAAGAAGAAAUUGCAGAACGGAUCAGGAAUCAUGAGCAGUCAGUCUUUCUCUCAACUGAGCGUCUCAGAACCUACAAUGAAAGCCAUUAAAGACAUGGGCUUCGAGAACAUGACCGAGAUUCAAGCUAGAGCAAUUCCACCACUUUUAGAAGGGAAGGAUGUUCUCGGAGCAGCGAGAACAGGUUCUGGAAAAACCCUUGCGUUCCUGGUACCAGCCAUUGAAUUGUUGUAUCACAUCCGUUUUACUCCUCGUAAUGGUACUGGAGUAGUUGUUAUUUGCCCAACAAGGGAACUUGCGAUACAGACUCAUGCUGUGGCGAAGGACCUUCUGAAGUAUCACUCACAAACUCUAGGGCUGAUUAUUGGUGGUGCAGCUCGAAGGGGGGAAGCAGAGCGUCUUGUGAAAGGAGUAAAUCUGUUAGUAGCAACUCCUGGUAGACUUCUUGACCACCUUCAAUUUACCAAGGGGUUCAUAUAUAAAAAUUUGAAGUGCCUUAUGAUUGAUGAAGCUGACCGACUACUGGAAGCAAAUUUUGAGGAGGAAAUGAAGAAAAUAAUAAAGAUUCUGCCAAAGGAGAGGCAAACAGCUCUUUUCUCUGCUACCCAGACUAAAAAGGUUGAGGAUCUUGCACGGUUAUCAUUUCAAUCUACCCCAGUGUAUAUUGGUGUGGAUGAUGGGAGGAAAAAGGUCACCAACGAAGGGCUGCAGCAAGGCUAUUGUAUCAUGCCUAGUGCGAAGAGAUUCAUUCUUCUGUACUCCUUUUUGAAGAGGAAUCUAUCAAAGAAAGUGAUGGUUUUCUUUUCUUCCUGUAAUUCGGUCAAAUAUCACGCAGAUCUUCUCAGGUACAUUCAGGUAGAUUGCCUUGAUAUUCAUGGAAAGCAGAAGCAGCAAAAACGGACAUCCACUUUUUUUGAGUUCUGCAAGGCAGAAAAGGGCAUCCUAUUAUGUACUGAUGUUGCUGCUCGUGGGCUUGACAUUCCUGAUGUGGACUGGAUCGUGCAGUAUGAUCCUCCUGAUGAUCCCAAGGAGUAUAUUCAUCGUGUGGGUCGAACAGCGCGUGGAGAAGGCGGAAGGGGUCAUGCACUACUUUUCCUAAUACCUGAAGAGAUGCAAUUUCUUCGCUAUCUUAAGGCUGCUAAAGUGCCUGUUAAAGAAUACGAGUUCGAUGAAAAAAAACUGAAGAAUGUGCAGUCGCAGCUGGAAAAAUUGGUGGCUGAAAACUACUAUUUGAACAAAUCAGCUAAAGAUGCAUAUAGGUCUUAUAUAUUAGCCUAUAAUUCACAUUCUCUGAAGGACAUAUUCAAUGUUCAUCGGCUCGACCUUCAGGCAGUUGCUACAUCAUUCGGCUUUUCAUGUCCUCCUAAGGUUAACUUGAAUAUUGACAGCAGUGCAUCCAAGUUCAGGAAGAAGAUUCGUAAAGUUGAAGGGACCCGGAAUGGGUUUAGUGAAAACAAUCCUUAUGGAAGGAAAGCGGAAAAUGAUAAAAGGCAGUUUUCCAGAUAGAUUUAUGGAAGAGUAUGCCCCUUAUCCCGUCUCAAGGUUCCUUCUUAGUGUGGGUUUCACUUUCUAAAGUGCUGCCUCCAAUUUUGGGUUUAUUUAUAUGUUUUGACAUUAAAUUUUCAGUGGUUGGUUCUUUUGCCACAAAGUAAAGUUAUUGAAUACAAGUUGCAAUAGUGAUACAUUUUCCC